GGCCAGUUCUGUGACUAUUGCAAUUCUGAAGACCCCAGGAAAGCACAUCCAGCCACCAAUGCAAUUGAUGGGUCGGAACGUUGGUGGCAAAGCCCUCCUCUCUCCUCAGGCACACAGUACAACCAAGUCAACCUCACCUUGGAUCUGGGUCAGUUCUUCCAUGUGGCCUACGUUUUAAUCAAAUUUGCAAACUCGCCUCGCCCUGAUCUUUGGGUCUUGGAAAGAUCUGUAGACUUUGGAAGCACCUACUCACCAUGGCAAUAUUUUGCUCAUUCUAAAGUAGACUGUUUGGAGCAGUUUGGGCAGGAGGCCAAUAUGGCUGUCACAUGGGAUGAUGAUGUGCUUUGUGUUACUGAAUAUUCCCGUAUUGUACCUUUGGAAAAUGGUGAGGUUGUGGUGUCCUUGAUCAAUGGUCGUCCAGGUGCAAAAAAUUUUACUUUCUCUAACACCCUGAGGGAGUUUACCAGGGCAACAAACAUCCGCUUGCGUUUUCUGCAAACCAACACUCUUCUUGGACACCUCAUCUCCAAAGCACAGCGAGAUCCAACUGUCACUCGGCGGUAUUAUUACAGCAUAAAGGAUAUCAGCAUUGGUGGGCGGUGUGUUUGCAAUGGCCAUGCUGAAGUGUGCAAUGCAAACAAUCCUGAAAAACUAUUUCGGUGUGAAUGUCAGCACCACACCUGUGGGGAAACGUGUGAUCACUGCUGUGCCGGGUUCAACCAGAGGCGCUGGCUGCCGGCGGCGAGGGAGCAGAGAUAUGAGUGCGAAGCAUGCAACUGCCAUGGCCAUGCCAUCGACUGUUACUAUGAUCCAAAUGUGGAGCAACAGCAGGCAAGCUUGAAUAUCCAAGGCAUCUAUGCAGGUGGAGGGGUCUGCAUUGAUUGUCAGCACAACACAGCUGGUGUCAACUGUGAACAGUGUGCUAAGGGUUAUUACCGCCCUUAUGGGGUUCCGGCUGACGCCCCUCAUGGCUGCAUUCCUUGUAGCUGUGACCCUGAGCACGCAGAUGGCUGUGAACAGGGCUCAGGUCGCUGUCACUGCAAGCAGAAUUUCCACGGAGAUAACUGUGAGGAGUGUGCAGUCGGACACUAUAACUUCCCAUUUUGCUCUAGAAUUCCCAUGUUUCCUAUUUCCACUCCAAGUCCAGAAGAUCCAGUAGCUGGAGAUAUAAAAGGGUGUAACUGUAACUUGGAAGGUGUUCUCCCAGAAAUAUGUGAUGCCCAAGGAAAAUGCCUGUGCCGCCCUGGUGUUGAGGGCCCUCAGUGUGACACCUGCCGCUCAGGUUUCUACUCAUUUCCUAUUUGCCAAGUCUGCCAGUGUUCAGCCCUUGGAUCCUACCAGACGCCCUGCAGUCCAGUGACUGGACAGUGUGAAUGCCGGCCAGGGAUUACAGGACAGCGGUGUGACAGGUGUCUCUCAGGAGCCUAUGAUUUCCCCCACUGUCAAGGUUCCAGCAGUGCCUGUGACCCAGCUGGUACCCUCGACUUCAGUUUGGGGUAUUGCCAAUGCAAGCUUCAUGUUGAAAAUCCUACUUGUAGCAUCUGCAAACCAUUAUAUUGGAAUCUGGCAAAGGAAAACCCCAAUGGAUGUUCAGAAUGCCUGUGCCAUGCAGCGGGAACAGUGAGUGGAAUUGGAGAGUGUGGGCAGGGAGAUGGUGACUGUCACUGCAAGUCCCAUGUGAAUGGCGAUUCCUGUGACACCUGCGAAGAUGGAUAUUUUGCUUUGGAAAAAAGCAAUUACUUUGGGUGUCAAGGGUGUCAGUGUGACAUUGGUGGAGCGCUCUCCUCCAUGUGCAGUGGGACCUCUGGAGUGUGCCAGUGCCGAGAGCAUGUCGUGGGAAAGUCGUGCCAGCGGUCUGAAGACAACUACUAUUUUCCGGAUUUACAUCAUAUGAAAUAUGAGAUUGAAGAUGGCACUACACCUAGUGGAAGAGACCUUCGGUUUGGAUUUGAUCCACUGGCAUUUCCUGAGUUUAGCUGGAGAGGAUACGCCCAAAUGACUUCAUUACAGAAUGAUGUAAGAAUAACAUUGAAUGUGGAGAUGUCAAAUCGCUCCUUGUUUUGUGUUAUUCUGAGAUACGUUAACCCUGGAACAGAAGCAGCAUCUGGCCAUAUAAGUAUUUAUCCUUCCUGGUCUGAGGCAGGUGCUGCUCAAAGCAAAAAGAUCAUCUUCCUGCCAAGUAAGGAGCCAGCCUUUGUCACCGUUCCCGGAAAUGGUUUUGCAGACCCAUUUUCAAUCACACCAGGGACGUGGAUUGCUUGUAUUAGGGCAGAAGGAGUCCUCCUGGAUUACCUGGUGCUGCUCCCCAGGGACUACUAUGAAGCACCCGCCCUGCAGCUGCCGGUCACAGAGCCAUGUGCCUAUGCUGGAUCACCCCAGGAAAAUUGCUUGCUUUACCAGCAUUUGCCAGUGACCAGAUUCCCCUGUACCCUGGCUUGUGAGGCCAGACACUUCCUACUUAAUGGGGCGCCAAGACCCCUGGCAGUGAGGCAGCCCACACCUACACACCCAGUCAUGGUGGACCUCGGCGGGAGAGAGGUGGAGCUGCAUCUGCGGCUGCGUGUCCCACGGGUUGGCCAAUACGUGGUUGUGGUUGAGUACUCCAUGGAGGUGGCCCAGCUGCUUGUGGUCAAUGUGAACGUGAAGAGUCCCGGGUCUCUUCUGGCAGGGCAGGUGAACAUCUACCACUGCAAGUACAGUGUUCUGUGUCGAAGCACUGUGGUUGAUCAUAGGAGCCGCGUGGCUGUGUACGAGCUUCUGGCAGACGCAGACAUCCAGCUCAGGGCACACGAGGCCCAGUUUCUUCUGCAUCAAGUUUGUAUCAUACCCUUUGAAGAAUUCUCAGUUGAAUAUGUGAGACCUCAAGUCCAUUGCAUUGCCAGUUAUGGACGAUUUGUUAAUCAGAGUGCCACCUGUGUCUCUCUGGCCCACGAAACUCCUCCAACAGCAUUAAUUUUGGAUGUCCCGAGUGGUGGGUCUCUCCCUCGCCUGUCCCAGGACCCUUCUCCUUCAGUGGAUGUUGUUUCUGGGGUCACCUUGAAGGCACCACAGAACCAAGUGACCCUGAAAGGACUAGUACCACACCUGGGCCGGUACAUCUUUGUCAUCCAUUUUUAUCAAGCCACGUGCCCGACGUUUCCCGCACAGGUGUUCGUGGAUGGAGGGCAGCCACGGUCAGGCUCCUUCCGUGCCUCUUUUUGCCCCCAUGUGCUUGGCUGCCGGGAUCAAGUGAUUACUGAAGGCCAGAUUGAGUUUGAUAUCUCAGAACCUGAGGUGGCCGUGACUGUGAAGGUUCCAGAAGGAAAGUCCUUGGUAUUGGUCCGUGUUCUAGUAGUGCCUGCAGAGAAUUACGACUUCCAAAUACUUCACAAAAAAUCAGUGGACAAGUCAUUUGAGUUUAUCACCAAUUGUGGAGGAAACAGUUUUUAUAUUGAUCCCCAGACAGCCUCCAGAUUCUGUAAGAAUUCCGCUAGGUCCCUGGUGGCCUUUUACCACAAGGGUGCACUGCCUUGUGAGUGCCACCCUGCCGGGGCCACCAACCAUCACUGCAGCCCUGAGGGCGGGCAGUGCCCGUGCCAGCCCAAUGUUAUUGGACGGCAGUGCACACGCUGUGCAACAGGCUACUAUGGAUUCCCACGCUGUAAACCGUGCAACUGUGGUCAGCGCCUUUGUGAAGAGAGGACGGGGCAGUGCCACUGCCCUCCCCGCACGGUCAGACCCCAGUGCGAGGCAUGUGAGACACACUCCUUCAGCUUCCACCCUCUGGCUGGCUGUGAAGGCUGUAACUGUUCCAGGUGGGGCACCAUCGGGGCUGCCACCCUGGAAUGCGACCAGGACAGUGGACAGUGCAGAUGCAAGCCCAGAAUCACGGGGCGGCGAUGUGACAGAUGUGCUUCUGGGUUUUACCACUUCCCUGAGUGUGUUCCCUGCAAUUGCAACAAAGAUGGGACUGAGCCAGGAGUAUGUGACCCAGGGACUGGAGCUUGCCUCUGCAAGGAAAAUGUGGAAGGUGUAGGAUGUAACAUGUGUCGAGAAGGAUCGUUCCAUUUGGACCCAGCCAAUCCCAAGGGCUGCACCAGCUGCUUCUGCUUUGGAGUAAAUACUCACUGUCACAGUUCCCAUAAGCGGAGAGCAAAGUUUGUGGACAUGAUGGGCUGGCGCCUGGAGACGGCAGACAGAGUGGACAUCCCCGUCUCAUUCAACCCAGGCAGCAACAGCGUGGUGGCGGACCUCCAGGAGCUGCCCGCGACAGUCCGCAGUGCAUCCUGGGUUGCACCUCCUUCCUAUCUGGGGGACAAGGUUUCCUCGUAUGGCGGCUAUCUCACUUACCAGUCCAAGUCCUUUGGCUUACCCAGUGACAUGGUUCUUCUAGAAAAGAAGCCGGAUGUGCAGCUCACGGGUCAGCACAUGUCUGUCAUCUAUGAGGAGCCAAAUAUCCCACGGCCAGACCGGCUGCAUCACGGGCGAGUACACCUGAUCGAGGGAUAUUUCAGACACGCUAGCAGCCGUGCCCCGGUGUCGAGGGAAGAGCUGAUGACAGUGCUGUCUAGACUGGCAGGUGUGCGCAUCAGAGGCCUCCACUUCACGGAGACGCAGCGGCUCACCCUGGGUGAGGUGGGGCUGGAGGAGGCCUCUGACACAGGAAGUGGACGCGUAGCACACAAUGUGGAGAUAUGUGCCUGCCCCCCUGCCUACGUGGGCGACUCAUGUCAGGGUUGUAGCCCUGGAUACUACCGGGAUCACAAAGGCUUGUAUACCGGAAGGUGUGUUCCCUGCAAUUGCAACAGACAUUCAAAUCGAUGCCAGGAUGGCUCAGGAAUAUGUAUUAACUGUCAGCACAACACAGCGGGUGAGCACUGUGAGCGCUGUAAGGAGGGUCACUAUGGGAAUGCCAUCCACGGAUCCUGUAGGGCCUGCCCGUGUCCUCAUACCAACAGCUUUGCCACCGGCUGUGUUGUGAACGGAGGAAACGUGCGGUGCUCUUGCAAACCUGGAUAUACAGGAACACAGUGCGAAAGAUGUGCACCAGGAUAUUUCGGGAAUCCUCAGAAAUUUGGAGGUAGCUGCCAACAAUGCGAUUGUAACAACAACGGCCAGUUGGGCAGUUGUGACCCCCUCACUGGAGACUGCAUGAACCAAGAACCCAAAGAUGGUAGCCCUGUAGAAGAAUGUGAUGACUGCGACAGCUGUGUAAUGACACUCCUGAAUGACCUAGCCACCAUGGGCGAGGAGCUCCGCCUGGUAAAGUCACAACUGCAGGGCCUGAGUGCCAGCGCGGGUACUCUGGAGCAGAUGAGGCAUAUGGAGACCCAGGCCAAGGACCUGAGGAAUCAGUUGCUCAGCUACCGUUCUGCCAUUUCAAGUCAUAGAUCAAAAAUAGAUGGCCUUGAUAAAGAACUGAAUAAUUUGAAUCGUGAAUUUGAGACUUUGCAAGAAAAGGCUCAAAUAAAUUCCAGAAAAGCACAAACAUUAUACAAUAACGUCGACCGCACAAUCCAAAGUACAAAGGAACUGGACGCAAAGAUUAAAAAUGUCAUCCGGAAUGUGCACAUUCUCUUGAAACAGAUCUCUGGGACAGAUGGCUUGGGAAACAAUGUGCCUUCAGGUGACUUUUCCAGAGAGAUGGCCAAAGCAGAACACAUGAUAAGAGAACUGAGGAACCGGAACUUUGGAAAGCAACUGAGAGAAGCAGAAGCUGAAAAAAGAGAAGCUCAGCUCUUGCUGAACCAGAUAAGGAGUUGGCUGGAAACCCACCAGGUGGAAAAUGGUGAACUUGUUAAGAGUAUGCGGGAUUCUUUAAAUGAGUACGAAGCCAAACUCAGUGGCCUUCACGAUGCGCUUCAAGAGGCAGCUUCCCAAGCAAAGCAGGCCACUGGCCUCAACCAAGAAAGCGAAAGAGUUCUGGGAGCCAUCCAGAGACAAGUAAAAGAAAUAAACUCCCUGCAGAGUGAUUUCACCAAGUAUUUAUCCACCGCAGACUUGUCCUUGCUGCAGACCAAUGCUGUGCUACAACUGAUGGAGAAAAGCCAGAAGGAAUAUGAAAAUUUAGCUGCCACUUUAAAUGAAGCAAGGGAAAAACUAAGUGACAAAGUGAGAGAACUUUCCAGAUCUGCAGGCAAAGCACCCCUGGUGGCGGAGGCAGAAAAGCACGCACAGUACUUACAAGAACUGGCAAAGCAACUGGAAGAGAUCAAGAAAAAUGCCAGUGGGGAUGAGCUGGUGCGCUGCGCUGUGGAUGCUGCCACCGCCUAUGAGAACAUCCUCAAUGCCAUCAAAGCGGCCGAGGAUGCAGCCAACAAGGCCACCAGCGCGUCUGAGUCUGCUCUCCAGACCUUGAUAAAGGAAGAUCUGCCAAGAAAAGCAAAAAGCCUGAGUUCCAACAGUGAUAAACUAUUAAAUGAAGCCAAGAGAACACAGAGGAAGCUACAGCAAGAAGUUAGUCCGGCUCUUAACAACCUACAGCAAACCCUGAAAAUGGUGACAGUUCAGAAAGAACUGAUAGACACCAAUCUCACAACUGUGCGAGAUAACCUUCGUGGAAUACAGAGAGGUGACAUCGAUGGUGCGAUUGGCAGUGCAAAGAGUAUGAUCAGAAAGGCCAAUGACAUCACUAAUGAGGUUCUGGAUGGGCUCAACCCCAUUCAGACAGACGUGGAAAGAAUUAAGAAUACCUAUGGGAGCACACAGAGUGAAGACUUCAACAACGCUCUGACUGAUGCGGAUAACUCAGUGAAGAAAUUAACCAACAAACUGCCUGAUCUUUUGAACAAGAUUGAAAAUAUCAACCAACAGCUGUUGCCCCUGGGAAACAUCUCAGACAACGUGGACAGAAUACGAGAACUAAUUCAACAGGCUAGAGAUGCUGCCAAUAAGGUUGCUGUCCCUAUGAGGUUCAAUGGUAAAUCUGGUGUCGAAGUCCGAUUGCCAAAUGACCUGGAAGAUUUGAAAGGAUACACAUCUCUGUCUUUGUUUCUCCAAAGACCUGACUCAGGAGAAAACACGGGGACUGAGAAUAUGUUUGUGAUGUACCUCGGAAAUAAAGAU